AUGAAAACAUAUAGAAAUGACUUAAAAAAUGGUUCACAAAAUUUAAAUUUAUUCAAGAACAAAAUGAAAGAAAGAUCAAGAACUGAUUUAACAAAUAAUAAAUUAGCAGAUUCAGAUAUAUAUGAAAAUAUAAAUGAAUCACAUGUAACACAUAAUAAUCAAAAUGAAAAUAAAUCUUAUAAUGAAGAAAAUAAAAAUAGAAUAUCUUUUAGAUAUUGUGUUGAUAACUUAUCUGAUAGCACUAACCCAUCAACAAAUAAAGAUUAUACAAAAUUUUAUAAAAAAAAAAAUAACAGUGAACAUAAAAAUGGAAAAGAUAAAGUUUCUUCACUAUCUCAAGUAAUAGAGAAUAAAAAACAUUUAAAUGGUUAUGAUAAGAUGAAAGAAAAAAAAGAAAAGAAAAUACUGAGUAGUUAUUAUUUGUGUAAGAAAAAAACACCAGUUAAUGCAUCAAAUACUUCAAAAAAUACAUCAAAACAUUUUAUGAAUAAUAAUAAUAAUUCUUCAGAAAAAAAAUGGAAAUUUGAUGAAAAAAAAAAUUUAGAAUAUUAUAAAUAUAUAACAGAUGAUAAAAGGGAAAACAAGGGAAAAAAUGAUGAAAUACAAGAGUUACCAGAUAUAGAAAUGAAAAAAAAAAAAAAGUAUACUACACAUUAUUUUAAUAUUUGUGAUGAUAAUGAUAUCAAUACAUCACAUUUAAAUAUUAUAAAAAAGUUGCUAUGUAUCAAUGAUGAGCAAUUGAAAGAUGUUGUAAAUGUUUCUAAUUUUAGCAUAGAUUUAGAUAUUAAUAGUUUUUAUUAUAAUUUUAUAAAAGAAAAUAGUGAAUAUUCUAUUUUAUAUUAUAAUAUAAAUCAUAAUAAAAAUAUAUACGAUAUAAAAGAGCAAAGAGAUUAUACAAAUGAAAAAAUAAUAAGUUAUAAACAAGUAUCUUCGCUUAACUUUGGUAUGUAUGUUUGCAAUAUUUCUAUUCAAGAAUCUUGCUACUUUUAUUAUAGUUUAUUUAAUAAGGUUAAUAACAAAUCAAAUUACAAUUUAAAACGUAAAGAAAGUGAAGAAACUUUUUUAGAGGAUCAUGAAGUAAAAAAAGGUAGUAGUAGCAGUAGUAAUAAUUACUUAAGUGGUAACUAUUUUAAUAAUAAUAUUAAAUAUGAAAUAGAAAAAAAAUAUAAAAUUGAUUCAAUUAAUAAUGAAAUGAAGGAAAAUUUAUAUUAUUUGCAUAAACUUAAUCAUAUAAAUUCACAUGAUUCAUUAAACGAUAAAAAAACUUAUAAAAAUGAGAUAAAUAAAACGAGAAAACAUAAUAGUAAAGAUAUUAUUAUGAACAGUAAUAAUUUUGAUGAUGACCGCAAUACUUUGAAUAAUAAUAAUAAUAAUAAUAAUUACCACACAGGAAAUAAAGAAAAUAGUAAUAAUCAAUAUGAUAAUAAUUUUCAUAAAGCAAAACUUCUACCAAAUAAUAUAAUAAAAAAAUUAAGCACUUAUAAUAUUAAAGAUUUAUAUAAUGAAAAAGAAAAUGAAUUAAAAAAAAAAAGUCUUCAAAAUAUAGAUAGAAAUACUACAAAUGAUAAUAUCAAAAAAAAUUAUAAAAAUAUUUUUAAAAUGAGAAAAGUUUCAAAUAAUACACUUCAUAAUAAAAAAAAAGAUAAUUUCCAUUAUCAUAAUAAUUAUAAUGAAAUAAAAAACAUUUGCAUUGACACAAACAAUUGUAAAAAUGAUAAAAUAUUUACAAAUAGUGAAGCAAAUUGUAAAAAUAAAAGUUAUAUUAGUAAUAGUAUUAACUGCAUAGAUGAUAAAGAAAAAUGCGAUCAUAAAAGUUUCAAAUUUAAUUUAUUUAAUAACUUAAAAAAAAAAUAUAAUUUUAAAAAAGAUUAUCAAUUUAUCAAAGAAGAUGAAAAAAUGCAAAAAAAUAAAAUUAAGAAUUUUUUUAUAAAAGCAUUUAAAGAGAGAAAGAUAAAGGACACUAAUAAAUAUAUUAUGAAUGAUGAUAUAUGUAAUGAUAAUAAGAGUGAACAUACAACAGUUAAUAACUUGAAUAACAAUGCCAACGCAGGUGAUAGAAAGAAUAAACCCAGUAAAGUAUUAUUAGAACAUAAUAAAACUAAAAAUCUGUUGAUAAAAUUUAAAAAAUUUUAUAAAAGUAAGACAAAAAAUAAAAGAUUAAAUACAAAAAUAAAUAAUAUUAUAUUAACUAAUAAUGAUAUAAAGAAUGAUAAAAAUAAGUUAAGCACGCAUAAAAACAUAAUAGAAAAAAAUGAUAGUACUUUUAAUAAUGAAUAUUUAUUUAAGCAUAAUAUAAAUAAUGGAUCAAAUAAUAAAAAUAAAGUAGAAUAUAUUGAGUUGAAUAAUAAUUUAAAAAAUAUAAAUAUAGAAGAAAAUUAUUGUAGCUUCUCAAAUUUUUAUUAUAAGGAUGAAGAACAAGAGAACAGAAAAUUUUUAACAAAUGAGUAUAUUGAUAAUAAUUUUGACGAAAUAUAUUAUAUUCAAAGAAUAAAUGCCAAUAAUGAUUUCUUUUCUAUUUUUAUUAAUGUUUAUCAAAUAUAUAUUUUUUCAAGGCAACAUAGCAGUAAUGAAAAGGUUCUAAACUGUAAUGAAUAUAUAAAAAAUAAUAGUCAAACUUUAGCUUCCAUUUAUUUAUAUAUUAUUGUUAAAAGUAGUUUUUUGAAGAAUUUAAUAAAAAAAAAAAUACUUAAUGAAAUUAAUAGCUGUAUUAGCAAUUGGAAAAAAUAUUUAAUAAUAAAUAUACAAAAUAUAAAAGGGAGUACGCCUAUUCCAAUUAAAAUAAAUAAUAAUAAAAAUAAAGAUCAUAUUAAUAAUAUAGUAAAAAAUAUGAAAUUUUUUGUUAAUUAUUAUUUAAAAGAUAUAUUUCACAAUUUUAUGACAAGUUUUUUUUAUUUUUUUGGUAUAUAUGAAAAUAAAACAUUAGAAAAUUAUUUUUCUUAUUUUAACAAAGAUUUAAGCUUUGUACAUAAGAAAAAUAUAAGUUUUAAAAAUAUAUACUAUAAAAUUAUAAAAAAUGAAAAGAAAAACGAAAUUAUAUUAGAAAACAAAAAAGACUUCAGUAAAUCAAGAUUUCCAUAUCUAUUUAAAAAAAAGAAUAAUAGCAAUCAAUUGAAUUUGCAUAAAAAAUCCUUUUAUAAUUCAAGUGAUAGUGAACCAUUUUAUAUCACAUCUCAUCAAAUAGCACACAAUUAUAUUGCAUAUAUAAAUAACAUUUAUUUUAGAAGAAUAAUUUUGUUAUAUCUUUUAGCUUUUUUCUUUUUUUUAAUGUUAAUUAAUUUUAACUUUUUUUAUAUAUAA